UGAGAGCUCAACGUACGCUCUUUUAAGUUUUACUUUAGUAUUCAGUGCUUUAGAAAGUGUUCUGAUUUGUAAAGCUUGCAAGAGUGAUAUAAAAUUUCUUAAAAAAUCUCAAGUUGGAUUGGGAUUUAACUUGUGUAUUAAGUGUAAGUGCGAUGAAUUUGCUACCAUUAAUUCUUGCCCAAAAGUGAGGAAUGCGUUUGAGGUCAACAGACGUCUUACUUUUGUUAUGCGACUACUCGGUGUUGGUUUAUCGGGUAUAAACAUUUUUUGUGCCAUGAUGGAUUUGGGACCAGGGUUAAGUAAGAGCGGAUACUACAGUAUCCUUCAUACAAUACAUAUUGCUGUUAAAAGUGUUGCUAAAGUUUUAUUUCGUAAAGCAGCACAAGAAGAAAAAAAAGAAAAUGAACAAGAAGGAAAUAUUGCAGAUGAAAUAACAGUUUCGGGUGAUGGUUCAUGGGAAAAACGUGGCUUUACGUCACUACUAGGUAUCGUUUCUUUAAUCGGAAAGUACUCUAAUAAAGUAAUAGACGUUAUUGUUAAAUCUAAAGUUUGCAAAGCUUGUGAAAAGUGGGUGGGUAAAGAAAAUACAGAUGAAUAUUUAGAAUGGUACAAGGAUCACCAGACUGAGUGUACGGCGAAUCACGAAGGAAGUUCUGGUAAGAUGGAGGUUGACGGAGUUAUUGAAAUGUUUCGACGAUCCGUUGAAGAGCUCGGUGUAAAAUAUAAAAAAUAUAUUGGUGAUGGGGACUCCAAAACUGAUAAAAAUUUACUAGAAGCAAAUAUUUACAAUAAUGAUCCUAAAGUUGAAAAAAAUGAACGAAGAAACACACAGAAUAAUAACGAGGCUUUUAAUAAUUGUGUUUGGAGUUUUGCACCAAAACAUAUUUUUGUAGGCCAAAAAACGUUAGAAAUUGCUGCAUUCACUGCAGCAUGUAUAUUUAACGAAGGAUUUUUCCCAGUACUAAAAAUAUUGGAAGUCAUGGACGUUACGCUCGGCCCGUGCGCUGUCGCGUUUUCAAAAUCUUACAAUAAAUCUCGGAUUGCAAAAGCGGAAAAUGCCACAGCAAUGUCAUCGAAAGAAGCCCGAAAGAGUCGAAGAGCGGACAAAGUUGCGGAGAAUGAUGCCUAUGAAGAGGAUGAAGGCAUAUUAUACGCUCCAGGCAUAGACGAUUGACAUAACAUCAAGAGCCAAAAUCACCCGGGCCACCCACGUGCAUUUUUUUUGAGGUUCCAACUUCGAGUGACAAUAAUAAUAGUAAUAAACUAUUAAAUUUUUUCAAAUAAAUUUUUUUUUAUAUUUUCAAUAUGUAAAUAAAAACACUCUAAAUAUUCAAGAUAAUUCAUUUUUAUUUUCCUAUAAAAAACCACCCUCCAAAGAAGUCAUGAAAAUAGGCAUAAGUUACCAGACUA